GCAGCCAAAAACAGGUGGAAACUGUGAGGAUUGAAGGGAACUUGAAUGAGGUAAGACUCAAGAAAGCGUGUGUCAUAAUAUCAGGAUUUGCAUGUGCAGCAGGAGUUGGCAACAGACUGGAAAAUAGCCAGCACAGCCAGCAGAGCACAGCAGCAGGCAUGGGACAUGGAAUAGCUAUAGUGGAAGGCACAAGAAUGCACUUGCAAAAUGCUGUGAGGAUAGACAUACACGUUUCUUUGGCAGGCCAAAACACUCAAGGAGACAAAAAAGUAGUUUGGGUUAUGAUAUGGACAAAGAGACAGCAGAAAAACAACUGCUUUGAGCACGCAGUCCUCCUUUAAUGGUGGCAACAGGCACCAACACUGUCCAGACAGAAAAGCAAAGUGGGGAAGGGGAGGCAGAGGAAGGGUGAGAUCUGCAGCUAUCUGCCUGUAACACAGCUACCUGAAGGAAGAUGUGCAAGCCAGCACCCCGUGAUCAGAAGUGCUCUAUGACUCACUGUAGCGAGCCUACGGUUGCAUUUCCAUUAAUAACAAUGAUAGCUCAUCAAAACCACCACUGAAUUUUUAUUAGUAAAAAUGAAAUCCAAUCCAAACUUACUUCUGUGUCAUUCAAAAAAAUUUGUAAGCACAACUAUUUUCAGCAAGGACUGGAAAACAAGCAUUCAUGAAUUCCUACAUAACAGACACAUACCCAACAAAGGCCACCUAAAUAUUUGAGUUUUACAAACACAAUUGAACUGAAAAGUUUGCUUUUAAAUCAUGCAAACCUUGAGCUAAGCUUCUUAGUAAUCCUCCUACUCUUGACACUUCCUGCAGCAAGUGUUGGUAAACUUCCUCUUUAGCUGCAGAAACUUGCUUCAACGUGAGACAAGCCAUUUCAGAGCUGCUCAACUCCUAGCACAGCCUGUCCUCUUAAGGCUUCAAACAAAAAAUAAGAGAAUGCUUGCUUGACAGAAGACAAAGGAGGAGACGUACUUAAACAGACUGCAGGAAAAUGGUCAGCAACGCAGUAAUAUUGCUUCUCUUCUGUGGAGAAAUUUGGAAAUCACUUUCCACUGAAAUACCUUCAAAUGUUUCCACAAGUGAAAGCAUCGUGCAUACCAGCACCAGCAGCCCGGCAGAGGACAGAUCUAUCACGUACCAACUGCAAACAACCGGCCCCAGCAUGCAGAAGCCUGCAGGAGCGCUGACUGCUGCGACAACACUGCCACAGCUGCCCGAACCACACAUAGAGCCCACCAACGGGAGCUGGGUGGCAGCAAUGAUAAUGGGCAUUGUUUUGGUUGGUAUGCUAAUUGCUAUUAGUAUGAUUGUUAUAUGGAAACGCUGCAAGAAGCCAUUGCUAGCCGAUUCAAACUGGGCAGGUCAGUCUCCGUUUGCAGACGGAGACACUCCAGAUACCUUUGUGGACUCUGGCCAGGCUACCAAGCGCUUGUCAGUUUUAUUUAUGUUGCCUUGGAAAUUAAGAGAAGAAGCAUCUGUACAGCACGACCCUCCCGCAUCAGAGAAACCACCCAACGGCACAGCCAGCAACGCCCGCAGGCAGCAGCCCGCAGCAGAGCACAGCUGCUCCGCCACCGACCCCGCUGCAGCAGCGGCUCCCGGCCCAGAAGCAGCGAGCCCAGAGCAGGUGCUGCACCCACAGCCCACCGAGGGCCUCGAGCUGCCGCCUCCCCCUGCGUGGCUCACUGAGCUCACUGAGCCGGCCGAGCAGCACGCCGCGGAUCCUGGCCAGCAAGAGGAACUUCACUCAGAAGUGAAGGAACCGUAUCCCCCACCACUCCAGCUAAUUACUGAAGAGAUCUAUGAACCUCCGCCACGGCCGGAACAGCCUCAGUAGACUGUGCCAAAAUAACUUUCCAAAACGCUUCUCAUUUUUCUUAAACGAAGCACUCUUCAAAUAACUGAGUAAUGGAGAAGUUGACACAGGCAAGAACAGCGAAACCACAGCACGAGCAACAGCUCCCCGGCAUUUCUCAACUUCAGCUUUCACAAAAGGGAAGAAUCCCUUUCUGCCUGCAACAAAUCUUGGCAGAACACAGCACGCCUGGUGCCACUGCAUGGCCUAAUAGUGACUCCACUGUGCAGAUAACAAAUGAUUCCUGAUUUUGGAGGGGAAUCAGAAAACUGCGUGCACCUCUGUGUCCAGCACAUGCAACACACAGAUGGAUGUGCACAGUGAAACUUUAGAGGGGCUCAGAGCUUCUUGCAAAGGUUUGUUCUAUUAGACUACGUCAAUGAAUGCAAUGAAUUCAAGUUAAUUUUAAUAAAGCUUUCUAAUUCGAA